ACAAACACACAUUUGUGGACACACGCCGAGGCACAAACACAGGGAAGGCUGGUCCGCCCGGGGAGGGACCAGACAGCGCCAGACUCCGGCUAUAAAACCCUCUCAGGAUGGGGCCAGUGUCCUGCCCUGAGCUGGACAGUACCUCCUUCCUCUGUGCCAGGACGCCGUCAGGACAGGCAGCAGACGAGCCUCCAACAUGAACGACAUCUACAAGGCAGCGGUCGAGCAGCUGACAGACGAACAGAAAAAUGAGUUCAAGGCCGCCUUUGACAUCUUUGUGCAAGAUGCAGAGGACGGCUGCAUCAGCACCAAGGAGCUAGGGAAGGUUAUGAGGAUGCUAGGCCAGAACCCCACACCAGAGGAGCUGCAGGAGAUGAUUGACGAGGUGGAUGAAGACGGGAGCGGCACGGUGGACUUUGAUGAGUUCCUGGUGAUGAUGGUGAGGUGCAUGAAGGACGACAGCAAAGGGAAGUCAGAAGAAGAACUGGCAGAGCUGUUUCGCAUGUUUGACAAAAACGCAGAUGGUUACAUUGACCUGGACGAGCUGAAAAUGAUGCUAGAAUCUACAGGAGAGGCAAUUACUGAGGACGACAUUGAGGAGCUGAUGAAAGAUGGGGACAAGAACAACGAUGGCAAAAUUGACUACGAUGAGUUCUUGGAGUUCAUGAAAGGAGUGGAGUAAUUAAUAACAAGAGAAGAUCCAGAGUGUUAUUUUGGGAUAUCUCUGUGACAGUCAUCUGUGGAAAACUGGAAGCUGAUUUGGAUGCCGCUGAUGGAACCAACAAAACGACUUUGCAAGAUUCAGUCGAAAACUGUAGCUAAAGGUUUAUGUAUUUUUCUACCAUCUCUUGCAUCGUUGUACAUACAGUUUGUAACUAUUUCUGGCGCCCAUGUAUACAGAAUUUGUGUAAAUGUAUCCAAAUUACUUAUAUUUUCUAUAGAGGCAACAUAGUGUACUAGUAUGGCUGCUCGAAAUAUCAACUAAAUCUUAUCCCUGAAGUGCCUCAGCCAGUUUACAGGUCUUCUUACUGAGAGGCUUAUAUUUAUUAGCUGGCCAGAAAAUGUAUGCGUGCACAAAGCAGAAUCUGUCCAUGAGUCAACAUACUUUUACUAGACUACUCAUUCUUUAACAGCAAUGUACUAGAUCCAGUUUGUGUACUGUACAUUGUGUACAUUUCUUUAUUUUACCCUCAGGACUUUGUAUCCUCCUCUCGUUCCCCUUUGCAUAUUUCUACAUGAACAAUUUGUUUGGAAUGUGCGCUCAUGUAAUUAAAAUCUGUAUUUGUCAGAGUA